GAUUUCUUCCCCUCUUUCCCACUUCCUCAAGGACAUUAACCUCUUAAAAAUGCCCUCCAAAUUCACUUGCUUCCAUACUUACACAGCAACUCCUCCCACUCUUCCUUACAAGCAGCAAUAUUUGUACGAAACCCGCUCCAACUCUUCAACCUCUCACACAAAGAACAUCUAAUCUCACCAUCUUCAAACCAACCCCUCCAAUCCACGUGACAACCUCUCCAUCUCAUCCACCUCAUCUCCCAUUUCCCUCUCCAUCCCUCCCUCCCUCAACAUACCCAAAACAAAAUGUCGUCUCCACCCGCAAACCCUCCAAUAACAGACCGCUCCUACGGCAUCAUUCCUCUCCGCCUGAUCCCCUCAACCUCUCCCUCUUCAUCUUCACCCACCUCACCCACCCCCACAACAACAAACACCCACCUCCUCCUAAUCCGCCAACGAACCCUCGCCUCGUCUGACACAUUCUGGUGUUUCCCCAAAGGCCACCCCGAACCGCUCGACGCCGACCAUCAAGCUACGGCAAUUAGGGAGUUGUUUGAAGAAACAGGCCUGAAGAUCACGCACGGUGAUUUGAUUCCUUUGUGUUCCAAUGAAACGGGAACAGAGACUGUCUUAAGAGAGAGAUACAUCACCCCAGGAAGAAAGGAAGGAAAGGAAGUCCUCUACUACCCCGCCCUAGUGCAAGGAAACCAAGAGCUCCGGAUCCAGGAAAAGGAGGUCGCGGAGGCGCGGUGGUGUGGGUGGGCGGAGGCGGUUCAACUUGCGACGUUUGGGGAGUGUAGGGCGAUGGUUGGGGGUUUGAGGGGGUUGUUGGAGAGUGGGACGGGGGUGGGAGAGGCAAAAGAGGUGGAGGGAGAGGGGAGGGGGAAGAUUUGA